UCUGGAGCAGACGGACCGCCGGAGGGGCUCACGAGGCCGGGAACCACGUAGCGGCGGCCGGCUCCGGCGGGCGAUGGCCGAGCUCAAGUCGCUGUCAGGGGACGCAUACCUGGCGCUGAGCCACGGGUACGCGGCGGCCGCAGGCCUCGCCUACGGGGCGGUGAGGGGCCCCGAGGCGGCCCGCGGCUACGGCGCGCCUGGUCCGGGCGGCGACCUCCCCGCGGUGCCCGCUCCCCGCGCCCCCGCCGCAGCGGCCGAGAGCAGCGGCGAGCAGAGUGGCGAUGAGGACGACGCCUUCGAGCAGCGGCGGCGGCGGCGCGGGCCGGGGGGCGCGGCGGACGGGCGGCGGCGGCCCCGGGAGCAGCGCUCGCUGCGACUCAGCAUCAACGCGCGCGAGCGGCGGCGCAUGCACGACCUGAACGACGCUCUGGACGGGCUUCGCGCGGUCAUCCCCUAUGCGCACAGCCCGUCGGUGCGAAAGCUCUCCAAGAUCGCCACGCUGCUGCUGGCCAAGAACUACAUCCUUAUGCAGGCGCAGGCCCUGGACGAGAUGCGGCGCCUGGUGGCCUACCUCAACCAAAGCCAGGGCUUGGCCGCUCCCGUGGCCGCCGCGCCCCUGACACCGUUCGGCCAGGCUGCUGUCUACCCCUUCUCGGCGAGCGCCACGCUGGGGCCCUGCCCGGACAAGUGCGCCGCCUUCUCGGGAUCGCCCUCAGCGCUCUGCAAACACUGUAAUGAGAAGCCAUGAAGACCCGGGACCCCUUUCGCAGCGUCCUCCCGUUUACGUUGCCCCCUGACUCAUGUUGCCAGCACUGGAAAUGUUUGGCUGGACCCCAAGUGGAGAAGGCAGCCGGAUCUCGCUCCCAGACCGUGGGCGCUGAACAGUUUGGGGCCGCGGAAAGCGCGAAGCCGGACCUGGCACUGAAAUUCACGACUGGGAAUCCUCAGCUCCUGCUGGGCACUCUGCCUGAUCUUGGCCAGGGGUCAUCGAGUCUAGGUACAGGCGGUGGCGGGUGACUAACCGUGGUCCCUUCGGCCACCGCCACUACCUUCCAAAAGAAGAAAGUGGCAAAGUCACAGGGCUGCAGCGGGGGCGGAUACUGACUGGUCCCACCCAGGACGGGGACUUGCCUAGCGCCGGCCCAGGAGCGCAGGCUCCCAGCGUCGCGGGGUUUAGCCGGUGGGUGUCCUCAUUUGGAGGCUCGAACACCGCCUGGUCUGCCUUUUCAGCCACACUGCAGGGACGAGCUCCCUCUGGGCGCGUUCCCAAGAACGCGCGUCUCAGAGCACCUCCCGCCUGUGCGGGUUCCAAGACUUCAGCCCUCCCCUAGCGAGUACCGUCGUGCGCUCUAAGACUCAACCACCGCGGUGUGCAAAGGAGCUGCGGCAGUGCGCAGAAGGACCUCGGGCAACUUUCCGGCCUUUUCCAAGUCUGAGUUUGUUCUAUUAUUUUCUUUCCUGCCAAGAGGCACAGGAAGAGGAGGCCUCUUUGAAGUCCGCGGAUUCAUCCCUGAACAUGCCGGGACCCCUCAGCUACCGCUUUCUGCCCGCUGGGAUGGAGACCUUGGUGACCCUCUGCCUAGGAGGACUGCUUGAAGGAGACAGGUCCUCACAGCCGGUGCGGUGCGGUGCGGUGCGGUCAGCGCAGGACCCCCAUCUAGCCCCAGGACCAAUAAAGUCCCCUCCCUACCAACUCUGGACCGUUUCGAGGGAGGAGGCCGGGCUACGGGUGAGUAAUCUGUUAGGAUUCGGGUGCCCCGUGGCGGUAAGCAGUGGCGGGUCUGUCUCUCGGAGUUGGUACGAAGCUCAGAAUUCUGCCACUCUCCUUGGCCCACUGGGCAGCGCACAGCCCACAGGGUAGCCCCGCACAGAACUGUCCCUGCCUGUUUGCACCAAACGGCUCCAUCAAUCGAUUUCCUCUUCUCAAUGCUGUGCUCGCGGGCAGAGUGCCUCCGUCCUGGGGAGCGCCUGUCCAAGGAGCUUAACUCUAAUUAAUAUAUUUUAAAAGGCCUUUUUGUAUUUGCAAAAUGAAGUGUGAUUGAGUCGUAUUCAUGAAGACAUAUGCUAAUACUGGUUCCUGCUAAUUUCCAUUUUUAUUUUUUCAACAUUUUUUCCCCUCAAUAGUUCAAUUUAUGAGUUUUGCCCAUCCAAAAAGCUUAGUGUUAGACUAUUCCAGAUCCCUUUGGUAAGUCAAGGCAGGAAAACUAUGUUAUUUACUUGUGGGGUCGUUUGAAAGCCAUCUGACAUCAACUCUGUAAAUUACUUACAUGUUGUAAUUUAAAAGUCAUGUGUUUCAGUUAAGACAGAGAUGUGUGCUACAUCGUGAAUACCAUCAGAAUAAAGUAUUUGAAAUCAA